CUCUUGGAAAACUCAGCAACAUUACCACCACUAUGUCCCUCCAAUUCAUAGCCGACUUCGACUCGCAAGGCGGUCAGACAUCGCCUGUCCUCGUAACACAGUGGGUCACCCCCACUCUGGUACUCACUGGCCACUUGGACGGCUACCUUAGGGCAUGGGACGCAGCUAAUGGUCGACUGCUCGCAGCCGUUGCGGCUCAUGGGCAGAGCCUUAAUUCGCUCAGCUCCAAUCGCGCUGGCGACUUGGUCCUCACAGGGUCAAUAGACGGCACAGUGGCGCUAAGGAGUACCUCAAAGUUGGCAGCUGGCAGCUCAGGUGGUGACCUCGAGCCGGUAGCCUCGUGCGCCUCGUUGCGGGAUCAUCAUAGUACCGUCAGCCCAGCAUUUGCAGUCGCUCUACACCCGUAUCGACCCAUCUUUGCAUCAACAGGGCUUGGGGGUGAAUGCUCGCUGCAUAGUGCAGAGGCAUCACCUGAUGGCAUCUUUGGCUCUCAUCUCUCCACAGCAUCAUCCAACCCCUCUUCGUCCUCCUCAGCCUCGCCCACUUUCGGUCUCACCCUCCGCUUCUCCCCGUCCGGUUCCCUCCUCGCCCUCGGUACAACAGAAGGGCACGUCCAUCUUCAUCGGCUAGCCUUCGACAGUUCCAAUGACCUCAAAGAGGAGCGCCCAAUUCUCGUCCACGUGAUGACAAUAACAUCUCACGCCUUGCCUAUCCGCUCCCUCGCCUUCUCGUCGGAGACGGAUCGCAAGGGUCAACUGCACGACGACCUCCUAAUUGUCGGAGGAGACGAUGCAAUCAUCACAGCGUACGAUGUACGGAAUGCCGUCCCGGUCGAGGGGAAGCACAGGCCGUCUGUUGCCUCCAAGAAUCCCGUAGCCGUGCUAAAGGGACAUCGUGGCCCCAUUUCGUCAUUGUGCGCCGUUCCAACUCUCAACAGCAAUACAGCGGGCAGUGUCAUCGGGGGUGGGUCGCGGCUACUCUCCUCCAUCUCGACGGCAGAUAGGACAGUGCGCAUCUGGGACCUCUCUGCGCGACCAAAGGCGGCAGUCUUCGUGACAACGGUGGAUGUGGGGCCUAGUGGGGGUCUCGAUUGGCGCAAGCCUCCCCCUGUGACGGUAAAGAACGGUGAGGAAGAGGCGGCAAAGACUGCGGGUUUAGGUGCGGCAUUUGUCGUAUCGGGCAAGGACGGCAAGGUCAAGUGGUACAGGCUGGCAGGGACUGGCUUGGACGCUGCAGAGGAGCGCGAUGCUGCUCUUGUUGCCAAUGGGGAGGCGACCGGUGAUGCAGUGGGAGUCAACGGUCAGGCCUGAAAGAGCUCGGCUCGACUCGAUAGCAUUCAAUCGACGAAUUGCAUUAUCGUUGACAAGAUUAUUUCAAUGGUCGAAUGCUCUCAAGCGGUCAUGCCGCUUACGAUGUGUCUCUUCCCUGCCUGUGCCGUACCGUCGUCCUAUGCCAGCUCUUCACCCGUCCUCUAUC